UAUAAAUAUUGUCGUCGUUGAAUUUUUUUUAUACAGUGUUAAAACUAUUCCAGUAACGAUAACAAUUCAACAAUGACGAGUCAAAUAUUUUUGCUAUGCUCAAUACUCAUUAGUAUUACAAUUGUCAUUGCAUUACCAGCAACAUCUAGUGAUGACGAAAAUGAUAAUCAUCUGACAAUAAUUAAAGAAAAAUUAGAUGCUCAAUAUGCGGAUCAUCUUCAGGAAGUGUCAUCUGGUUUUCAAUCAACUCUUAAAUUUAUAAAUAAAUUAAAAAUUGAGAAGAAUAAAAAACAAUCUGAUUGUGUGUUAAAGGCAAUUGAAAAAAUUUAUCUGAGCAAUCGAAAAGUCAAGACUGAAUUAUCAACGUGUUACUCUGAUGCACGUGAUAAUUUAAAAUCAUCAGAUAAGGUAAUGUCAAAUGGAAAAGAAGCAUUUUUAAUAGAAUUCAAUGAAUGUUGCCAGAAUAAACGUAACUCAUACGAUACUUCAGUCGCAGAAAAUCAAAAUAAUUUAAAUACUUGUAUCAAAAUAACAGAGUAAUAAAACAGCUAUUUUUCUUAAUUUAAAAUUGAUUGUAAAUUUAAUUAAACUAAAUAUUUUAAAUUA